AUGGAGGUGCUCUACUCAGCAGUGUGGGAGCUGCUGCGGGGAGCCGGCCAGGCUGCAGGCGCUGGUGUCAUCGCGUCCUCCUCUUCGGCGCGCGUGAAGUGCCUCCCCUGCGCGUGCUCGUGCGAGCCGCGCAUCACCUGCCCGGGCGGCCACAGCUCGGACAACACGGUGUCCGGGCUCACGCUGCCGGGCACCCUCGCCCUGGCGGCGGUGUCGGCCGCUGCCGGCGCCUGCAGCGUCCUGCUGGCGCUGCGCAACAGCGGCGCGGGCGCGCCGCCGGCUGCUGGCCCGCCGGCCACGUCAGGCGCGCGAGAUCCGCACUCGCCGGCUCGGCUUUCAGCAGCGAUGGCGGCCAACGUCGCCGACUACCUCGCCAGCUUGGGGAUCUCGCCGGGCGACUUCAUCCUGGAGCGCUACGACAUCGCGGGGCCGGAGGAGCAGCUGCUCGCGGCAGGGACCCUUGGCGCCGACAUCGCGGCUUGGUUGCCGAGCGUCGGCGGUGCGAUGGGGGCCGGCAACCCAGCGACGGGAGCAGCCCACGUCCACCAUUUCCGCGCCGUGCCGGCGCCCGCCACCUGCGACGCCCUGCGCACGGCUGCCGAGGGCCGCCUCGGGCUCCCGCCGGGGCCGCGGGCGGUGCCCAACCUCGCCGGCCGCGCCGGCGUGGGGGCCCCCGGCGCGGGCGCGGGCGCCGCUGGCGCGGGCGCGCCCGCCGCGGGCGCGGCCGCGGUGGCACCCGCUGCGGCUCCGCCGGCCGCUGCACCCGGAGCGGCUCUGGGCGCUGGGCUUGCCGCCGGGGCGGCGGCGGGCGUCGCGCCUGCCGCGGGCGGCGUGCUGGUGGUACCACCAGUGGUCCCAGCGGCGGCUGCGGCGGCUCCGGCGCCUGCGGCGCCGAUCGCUGCCGCUGCCCCCGCAGCGCCGGCGGCGGGC